AUAAAAAAAAACUACCGCGCGCCGCCAUAUUGGUUUGGUUGCUUGGCGCUUUCUCGUAGAUAAUUUUUGCGAGUAAUGUUGAAUUUAACCAGGAUUUAUUUGUAAAACGUGAUUGUUAUUGUUUAGUGAUUAGUAAACUUUCAGCAUAAUGGAUCCAUCUAAGAUGAAAGUGGUGGAUCUUAGGUCCGAACUGGGGGCACUUGGUUUGGAUACUAAAGGCAACAAGCCGGCUUUGGUGGAAAGGUUGAAGAAAGCACUUGAAGCUAAAACUGGAAAAGCGAUAGCGGACACGACGAUCUUGGACACGUCGACGGAAGACGCGGACGAUCAGCCGCUGACGCCGCGGCGGCCCGGCCCUGCCUCGCGGACCACGCGCCGCUCCUCGUCAUCACGGGUGCCUCCCACGCCGUCUAAGGUCCGCGAAGAACCUCCGCCAAUAGAAGAGGAGUCCCAAUCAUCGCCUGAGCCGGAAGUCCCUCAGCCGGUGGCGGAGCCUUCGCCGUCGCCGUCGCCCUCGCCCUCGCCCUCGCCCGAGCCCAGUCCGCAGGCGCCGCAGCCCGUGCCGCCGCCGCAGCCGGUGCCCGCGCCGCAGCCCGUGCCGGCCCCCGUGCAGGAGCCCGAAGCGAAGCAACAGGACGACGAUGACAUGUACAGUAUUGAUGAUGAGAGGAAUCAGUCUCCAAAUCCCGUAAAGGAGCAAGAAGAAGAUAGCAAAGACGACAUGGAUGUGUCUGAGAAGCCAAAAACCGAAGAGGAGUCGAAACCGAAAGACGUGAAGCCGAAAGAUGAAGACUCUAAGAUGGAACAUGAUGGAGAUGGCGAGGAGAAGGAAGAUGACAAUGAGGAAAAGCCUCCGCAUAAGUUGACAGAAGAAGAGGAAUGGGCGCAACUGAACGAGCGGCUUAAAGUGAAGGAGCAGGAACGGCUUGAACGCGAGCGGCUUCAAGCCGAGAACGACGCCAAACGCCUCGCCGACCUUGCUAAUGACCCGGUGCGGCUGAACCGUCUGAAACGCAAGCACGAGAAGAAGGCUCGCUGGAGCAACUUCUACCGCGCCAUCGAGGUUACCAAUGAGGUGCUAACGCCGCCCGCCGAGAACGAGCUCGUCAAAGGCAAAGCUAAGAAGGAGGCUGUUGAGGUGAAGGUCUCCGAGCUUGAAGACAUCGAUGACAACAAGGUCACCCUCUCUUGGUAUGACAGCGAUCUGAACCAGUACUUGGAACUUCCCGACCUGAACUCUGUGGUCCCACUGAGCGAGGGCGCGUUUGCCCACGCGUGGGCCGGCGCGAGGGCCUCCCACGGCGUGGUCUCUGGCCGCGUCUGCUACGAGGUGCGAGUAGGCUCCGCGCUGAACACGACCGAGUCUACAGAUAAGGACAGCGUCACGUCCGGGCUACGCGUCGGCUGGUCCACGGACGACUCGUCGCUACACCUCGGUGAAAGCGAGUUCAGCUGGGGCCUGGAGACGUCGGGCCGGCUGGUCAACAACAGCGAGUUUAAGGACUACACUGAGGAACUCAAGGAGAAGGAUGUCAUUGGCGCUUACUUGGACCUGGAGUCGAGCCCGUGCAAGAUGGUGUACACAGUCAAUGGGACCGAGCUCGGUGUCGCGUUUGAGUUUGACAAGGCGAUCCUCGACGGCAAGCCGCUGUACCCCCACGUGCUCACCAAGAACACAUGCUACAGGGUCAACUUCGGAUACGACAGAUACAACAUGUUGACCCGAACGAAGAUCGUGCGCAAACGCCUGGAGAUUCCAAUAGAACAGGUUCUAGAAGAGAAGAGAAUUAAAGAAGAGGAGAUCGCACGACAGAAGGAGGAAGCUGCUAGGAAGGAGAAAGAACGACGCGAGAAGGAGAAGAUGGAACGGGAAGAGAGGCAGCGGAAGAAGCGAGAGGAAAGAGAGAGAAUAGAGCGAGAGAGGAAAGAGAAAGAAGCUGAAGAGAGGCGCGCGCGCGGCGAACCGGAAGAGGAGGAGAAAGAGAAGAAAAAAGAAGAGGACAGCAAGGAGGAGCCGCACGAGAACGGCGACAAGGCUGAAGAGAAGCCAGCGGCCGCGGAACCCAUGGAGACUGACAAGCCUGACACCAAGCCUGAGGAAGUUAAGGAGGAGAAGCCUGCUGCUGAGGCCGAGCCUGCGCCAGAAGGCGAGGUCCCAGAAGUGACUGAGGAGCAAGUCUACAAGGGAUUGGUGUUGGACAAGAGGAUCAAGUUCGUCAUCAGGUACACGGUGGAGGAGGAGCUGGACGGUACGGAGGCCACGCUGCUGCCCGGGUACAUCCUGUACUCCCGCGCGGCGCUGGUGCGCGGCCCACGGCGCCCCGCGUCUCUCGCUGACUGCGAGGUGAUCCUUAUGGUAGGCAUGCCGGGCGCCGGCAAGACCUACUGGGCCAAGCAGCACGCGGCCGCGCACCCCGAGAAGAGAUACAACAUCCUCUCCACCGGCGCGCUCUUUGACCGCAUGAAGGUGGACUGUAAACCGUACCGCUCGACCUACGAGGGCCGCUGGGAUGCUAUGGUCUCCAAAUGCGCCAAGUGCGUCCUUAAGUUGUUGGAAAUCGCCAAAGGACGCAGGAGGAAUUUCAUCCUCGAUCAGACGAACGUAUACCCGUCGGCGCAGAGGAGAAAGUUGAGGGAGUUCGACGGGUACCGACGAGUGGCCGUCGUCGUAGUCACGGACGAACAGACGUACCGCGAGCGCGGGGCCCGCCGGGAGCAGCAGGACGGCAAGGAGGUGCCCGACGGAGCCAUCAUGGACAUGAAAGCUAACUUCAGCCUGCCGGAGAAGGGCUCCUGGCUCGACGAGGUGAUCUUCCCGGAGCUCAACGAGGAAGAAAGCAAGAAGGUGAUCGAGCAGUUCCACAAGGAGGCCAAGGCGGCGGGCGUGGUCCGCGAGCGGGAGAAGCGCGACCGCAGCGGCAGCCGCGACGGACCGCCCGCCAAGCGCCCGCGGGACCGCGACUCCAAGCGCCGCGACGACCGCCGCUCGCGGGACUUCAACAGCCGGGACCGCGAGGACCGCUGGGGUGGUGGCGGCGGCGGUGGCGGCGGGCGCUGGGGCCCGGCCAACCGCGGCGGCGGCGGCGGUGGUGGCGGCGGCGGCGGUGGCCGCUGGGGCGGCCCGCGGGAUCGCGGGAACGGCCAGCAGGGAGGACGAUUCGACCGGUGGGGACCGCCUAACCAGGGACGGGAGUUCGGCGGGCGCGACCGCGACGGGUUCCGUGGCGGGCGGGGCGGGCGCGGGGACAUGCGCGGCGCCGGCGCCGGCGGGGGCCGCGGGGCGCCGCCGCGCUUCCAGCGGGACGAGCGCGCGCCGCGCCCGCCGCCCGCGCCUGCGCACCACAACCAAGGUGGUGGCGGUGCUGGAUCGUGGCAGCGCGGUGGCCAGAUGACCCAGAACAACCGCGGCGGCAUGCAGUCCCGCAACCAGGGCCCGCCCGGCGGACCCAGGCCUAACAACAACAACCAGAAGGUGGAAGGUCAGCAGGGUCAACAACAAGGUCAGCAGCAGCAGCAGGGCUGGAAUCAGUGGGCCGGCGGGUGGGGUGGCUGGGGGAACUGGAACCAGAACCAAGGCUGGGGCAAUUGGGGUAACUGGGGCCAAUGGAAUCCGAACGCUCAAGGGCAACAGCAGGGUGGUGCCGCGGCCGCGCAGACGGGCAAGGGGCAGCAACAAGGCCAGCAACAGGGACAGCAGUCAGGGCAGCAGCAGCAGUGGCCCGCCAACUACACCGCGCAGCAGUGGUACCAGUGGCAGCAGUGGCAGCAGCAGCAGCAGGGGUGGCCAGGGUACCAACAGCAAGGUCAGCAGCAGGCGGGUAACGCCGCGGACGCGCAACAAGCGUGGGCUCAAUAUUAUCAGAACUACGGCGGCGGCGCGAAUGCGGCGGCCAGCACGAACAACGCGCUGGCGGGCGCCGACAAGAAGUGAUCCCCGGGGGCGGAGCCCCGCCGCGCCGCCGGCGGAGCUCCCAGUACCACGGAACACCGCGCACAAUCGCGGUGGGAUAUAAGACAUCCAUUGACCGACUAAUGAAACUACAUAAAUUUAUUUCAACACGAGUGUUUACAGACGUUGAUGCGACAAAUAUACAGCCUUGUCUAAUAUAAAAGGCAACAUUGCCUAUACAUCUCUUUUCUUAAUACGUCUUCUGUAUUUCCUAUCGUGUACGAAUAAAUAAUACAUGUAGACAUAAUUCACUGCGUUUAUUGGUCGAAGCAUGCUAUAUUUGUCGCGUCUACGUCAAAUAUAAAAACAUUUUUACUAGUGUUAUUAUAGAAAAAGAUUGUUCUUUUUUUUUUUUUAAAAAAAAGGCAAAUGUUUUCAUAUUUUAAUUCUAGCGUGCCGGGCUCCUAACUACUUUAGUAUACUGUAAAAGGGCUAGGUUGGUUCUUACAGCCUUCGAACUACUAAUUCUACGUAAGCUUUCACUAUGCACAUUCAAGUCGUGUGGAAUAAUCUCUCGCACGCUGCGUUGUGAAAUAGUGUUAGUCUAAAAGAUAUAGGGAAAGUAAGCUAUACAUUAUGUAAAAAGGAGCUUGUAAGAAUAUCCCUGCGUUUUUUAAAGAUAUAAAUAAAAUAUAAUAUUGCUUGACGGGAGUCUUUGGUUUGGAGUUAGCUUUCAAACUGCUAAACUAAGUAAACAGAUUUAUUUAUUAUGUAUCCAAAUAUAUUGUUUUGUUAGGAGGUCAAUAUUUAAAACAAAAUCUAAUAAUUAACUUGAAAAAUCAAAUGCGUGACAAUUUUUUUUAAAAUCGUACGUUUCAAAUAUUCUUGGAAGCAGUACAUUUAGUAUUGCCUGUAUGAAAUAUCCAGCCAUUUUUAAUUUUAUUUUUGCUCGUCAAAUUCGAGUUUUUAUCUUAAUCGAGACUUUAAACUAUCGUUGGUACAAGCCAUCGCAAAGGUACUCAGUAACCUGUUAUUUUAGUUGGAACCAAGGGCAAUGUGUUAAUUUUUGUUUUUGAAGUCUAAAAUCUAUCUAGGAUGAAGUAUUUUUAUAAUAAAUAGUAAUUUGUAAAGCACAUUAAAAUUGUCUUAAGCACCUAAGGGGUAAGGUUGUGCUUAUAAUUACUUGAAUAGGCUAGGUUAAGACGUUUUAAAGUCCAACUAGAUAGAUAUAAUACAUGAAGUAAAAACUAUCUAUAUGAAAAUUGGUAAAGAUAAAGUAAGCGUCUAUAAUGCAAAUAAUAAAUUAGGUAGUACAUAGAGUCGUUAAAAAUAGGCUAUCAGUAGAACCAAGUGGUAAUUCGAUGUUGCUUACAUCGGAAGAUAUGUAAGCUUGUUAAUUUGUAAAACUUCUAAACUAGAGAUAGGUAUUGAGAUUUACCUCGAGGUUUAUUUUUAAUAGUGUAUUUGUCAGCAUAUUCAAGUAAUUAGAAGGGAAAUGAUAUUGAAUAAUAAAAUUAGGUAUACCAAAGCAGGUACCUACUCACGUGAGCAUCCAUGUUUUAAACAUAUUAGGUUAAGUCGAUGCUUUAUAUACAGAAUGGUUAGUGAGGAUGUUUGAACCGAUUAAAGAAAUAUCAAAGGCCAAAGUCUAAUAAAACGCCACAUAUUUUAUUGAAAUUGGUCCACUGGUUGCUAAUAAAAAUCAUAACGUGUCGUUGCUAUGACUGUCGGUUAUUCGUAUUAAUUUGCGAUUUUGAUAUUUUUCACUAACCGCUUUGCGUAUAACACAAGUUUGUUGGCGAGCGUUUGACAAACAUUUUGUGUUUAUCCUCUCAGUUUGAAAUAUUGUAAUUUCAGUUCAUUUUUACGACUAUAUAGUUAAAAAAAUGUACUUUAUUUCACAAUAAUUAAAAUAAACUUUUGUGAGUUUGCAAUGUAUAAGUGCAGUGUGCUAUCUUUUCUGUACUAAGAUUUGUACAUGCCUUAAACACAUAGUUGUUGUGGUAAAUAACGUAACAUGAAUAUUUGUCGAAUGUUUGUAGAGCCAGAGUAUAUUGACUAAGUUUCUGUGGUGAAGCGUAAAUGCGGCGUACUUUAGGUGUACAAACCGGGUGUACAGUUAGCGCUGUGGGUUUUCGUAGAUGUCUACUGAAAUACGAUUUUAAUUGUAAUAAAAUGUAUUGAUUAAGGAA